GCAUUGCUUGAUGCUUUGCUCAAGCAAAGUUCAAGGUUGCAGUAAGCUAUGAUCCCACCACUGCACUUUAGCCUGGACAACAGAGUGAGACCCUGUCUCAGAAAAAAAGGAAUUACUGCGAGUACUGCCACCUGCCCAGUGCAGCCUUGGGGCAGGGCUGGUGGGGUCGACCUGUGCUGCUGCAGUGCAGGACUCAGAGCACCCUGGCCCAGCACCCGGCAGCAUGUCCAAAUGGGUCUGGCUCAGCGUUGGCGGCACCUACUUCCUCACCACCCAGCAGAUGCUGUGCCAGGACCUGAAAUACUUCCUGUACUGCUUAUACCAGGCUAACCCCGACAAGGAUGAAACUGUUGCCUAUUUAAUGGUCAGAGACCCCACCUAUUUCGGGCCUGUGCUGAGCUACCUGAGACAUGGCAUGCUGGUGAUUAACAAAGAUCUUGCGGAGGAAAGAGUGUUGGAGAAAGCAGAAUUUUACAAUAUCACCUCAUUAAUAAAACUUGUAAAGGAUAAAAUUAGAGAACAAGAGAACAAAACAUCACAGGUGCCCAUGAAGCAUGUGUACCACGUACUUCAGUGCCAGGAGGAGGAACUCACACAGAUGGUGUCCACCAUGUCCGACAGUCGGAAGUUUGAACAACUGGUUAGCAUUGGCUCCUCUUACAACUAUGGAAAUGAAGAUCAGUCCAAGUUCCUCUAUGUGAUGUCCAAGGAACUUCACAACACCCCAUACAGUAUGGCCAGUGAACCCAGCAAGAAGACCAAGAUUUUGCAAGAACAAGGUUCAAGGAUGUGAGGGACACAGUAUGAAAAAAUGAUUUACUCUUUCCCAAGAUGCAAUGAACUACCAUGCCCAGGAAGCUUGGCUGCGAGAAGGAACCUGCUUUUGAUCAUUUUUCUAGAGAUCUGUGUGUGAAUCCUUUUUUGCCUCUGAGGUGGGUGGUGAGAGACAGGUCCAGCUGUCCAAGGC